AAUCUUAGAUUAAUGUAAAAUUAGACAUUCUUGGUUGAUUUUUGUAUUUAAUUAAUACCACGAUAUUUAGAGGAUAUUCAGGCAAAUUAAAGAGAAGAAGAUAAGUAGAAUUUCAUUUUUAAACAAAUGCCCUUAAUUGUGAUUUAAUGGAACUCAUCAUAGACUGUUUUCAAAUAGUUUUUAGAUGCAGAAAUUCUAUGAUUUUAUAGCUCUAUCUGUUACCGCGAACCUACAAAAUAAGUUUUCCGAUUAUUUUUAUGAAUGACUUAGUUAUUAAAUACAGCAUGGAGCAAGUGAAAGUGUGUAGAAUUUGUCUUAUUAUGGACGUAAAAAUGUAUGACUUGCGGUUACAUCCUCUGGACUAUUAUUCAAAAUCAAUAAAAACCUUGACUUCAAUGGAUCUUCCGCCUUACGCUUGUUUCGAAUGUGCCGCGUUGAUCACAAAGACCUACCACUUCAGAGAGAAAUGUAUGUGGGGUCAAACAGCUCUUUACAACAUUAUCAAUUCCAUUGGCAUGGUAACAGAACAAAGCGUAAAACAACUUAAUAGACAUGAAUUAAAUUUAGUUUCUAGUCUCUCAUGUCAAAGUAUUUGUAUGGAUAAUACAAUAAAUAUAGCGAGUGAAGAGUCGGAGUUAUUAGCUAUAAAACAUGAACUGACUAAUGAAGAUGGAGUGGAUGCAGUGGAUGAUGAACAAAAGUAUAAUUUGGACUUAGGGUUCUUCAAGCAUGAGAUCAGUGGUGAUGAUAUCAGAUUCUCUAGUGAUGAUGAUGAUGAACCAUUGGUGUUACACAAAAGAAACAAACAAAAGACUACCAAAAGCAAAGGGAAGAAAAAGAAAGCAGAUAAACAAAUACUUGAAGUGGAUUUAGAAGAUAGUGCUGAAUUUGAGUACUGA